AAUAAAUGCCCCAUGAGUCCUAGAGAGCACAUGACUAACUGAAAGUAAAAGUAAAAAUGUUGCGGGGAAUUCCUCUAACUGUCUAUAUAAGUAAGUUCAUUCGACAGUUUCCAAAUAUUUUUGGAUGCUGUCUUACCUGACGACCUCUAUCACCUCUAAAUAACGAUAUCACUACCUGUGAGGAACAACACGAUGGACUAAUUAAUGGCACUGCACCUUGAAGUACACUAUGAUCUAGAACCCCCAACCCGGGCUAUGGCUUCAACACAUCUACUGUUAUCAAGUUCUGUUGACUUGGUUAAAUAUGGACAGUGGAGUCAUAAUGAUUUUGUGGAUUUUUUCACGGCCCUUGUGAAGCAAUAUGGUGUCAGGAAAGUCAAGACUGAUUUCUACACAUGGAUGGCAAAAAUACUUUACCAAGUGGAAAUUCACAAGAUCAGCAAGUCAGAAUUAUUAGCUAACAAUGUACCCGACCAAUUUGUGGAUGACAUUGAAGGAAGAAUUGCUAACUUUGUUAACGAAACUAAAGAGAAAAGCCUUAAACAAAUCCUCGAGGAAAUUAAAGCAGCAAAAGACAUUGAUGAUAAGAUUUUACAUCAGGUUAAAGACAUUGUUUUGUACGUGUCCUCGUCAAAAUCAUGUCCUGUUCCAACACACCACAAAGAUAAAAAGGAGAUAUUAAUGAAGCUGUGCAAAGCAGUAAAAGAUACCAAAGGUUGGAACCCAAGGUUGACUCAAAUGGUGAGCUGGUGCAUCAUUGUUCUUUCUGGUUCUAGACAGUUAAUCCAGGUUGGUACAGGAGAAGGAAAGUCAUGCAUAGUGGCCAUGCUUGCUGCAUAUCGUGCCAUGAAUAGAGAAAGUGUGGACAUUAUCUCCAGUUCCCCAGUGCUUGCAGAACGUGAUGCUAAAGAGUGGGGUUCAUUUUAUAAACAAUUAAAAAUCACUGUGGAUUACAAUACAAAUAAAAGAGAAGUACUCAAACUGAGGGAGUGUUAUAAAUGCCAAGUGGUCUAUGGCACGGCUCAGGAUUUCGCAGGAGACUGGCUAAGGCAACGGUUCCAAAGAGAAAAUGUGAGACCUGAUAGAGAAUUUCAAUGUGUCAUAGUAGAUGAAGUGGACUCCCUCAUGUUGGACAAAGGUCUAGAAGUUGUCUACAUAAACAGUGAGAUGCCUGUCAUGGAGCCUCUAAAUGUAAUCUUAGCAAAGAUUUGGUUUGUUGUCAACCAGUUUGAAGAUGUGGAUGUUGAGAAGGCACGAGACGUAAUUCGUUCCUCACUAAUGGCUGAGGAUUCAUACAUGCUGCCAUCGGAAACAUCAUUAGGGAUCCCUGCAGAUUCAUUAAAACAUAAUAAUUUUCACAUUCCAGGCUUUCAAGAGCACAUAAACGGGAGGCUAAAAAUAUGGAUUGAAAAUGCCUUUCUUGCCAAAACAAUGACUUUAGGCCAUGAAUACAUUCAGCACAACGAUAGUAUCGUUCCUGUGGAUUUCAGCUCUACAGGAGUCGUGCAAAAUGACAUGAAAUGGGGAGAUGGGCUUCAGCAAUUCCUUGAAAUGAAGCACCAAACCAGGCUGUCAAAUAUGUGCAUGAUAACAAAUUUCAAGUCCAAUGUAAAUUUAUUCAGGAGUUAUAAAUAUACUUAUGGACUCACAGGAACGUUGGGGAACAAAACCGAACUUAAUUUGCUGCAGAACCUGUACCCUGGCAUUAAAACUUGCAAAAUCCCAUCAUUCAAACGCAGGAAACUUUACGAGAAGGACGGCAUUGUAAUUAACGAUGAAAAUGGGUGGGUACAAGCAAUCUGCAAUGUUGUUAAUAAGAAAGCAACCCAGACAGUCUACCGAGGUUCAAGAGCAGUCUUGGUCAUCUGUGAAACAAUUAAACGAGCAGAAAUCAUCCACAAUGAACUCUCAAAAACCAUUCCAAUGGACAAAUUAAAAAUGUACACAAAUAACAAUGUUGACAAUUCAAACGUUACAAGUGCAGUGGUCACCGGAGGUUGUGUUAUUGUUGCAACCAAUCUGGCUGGUCGUGGUACAGAUCUCAAAGUAUGUCCUCAUGUAAAUGUAUCAGGAGGUCUGUUUGUGGUGCAGACGUUUUUGCCCCUUAAUAUCCGUGUAGAGCAACAAGCAUUUGGUCGAACUGCACGAGAAGGGAACCCUGGUUCUGCCCAGCUCAUCAUGUGCUGCUCUCACUUCUCUGAGUCAGUCAAACUUAUGAUGGCACUAAAGUUACCUUCCAUGUUACUUAAUCUUGUAAAGGAUCUAAAAGCUGCUGUGGCUGCACCAAGAUUAUCUGAGAAUACAUUUGAAGAGACACUCAAAAUGUGUCAGUUAGACCCCAAUGAAAAGAACUGUGAGGCAAUGAAAAAAGACCUCGAAUACUUGCUAAACAGCACAAAAACAACUAGCUUGGAGUUGGAAAAACAGACUAGAGAUGUGAUUGUACAAACAAGACUGUCACAGAUGCUUGAAGAUGACAUACCAAAAAUCACCAAAAAGGAGGAACUUUUUUCUGAAUAUCUUAACUUUCUAGAUGAAAUUUACAAACAGCCUCAAAGAGGCAGCCAUGGAGAUAUUGUGGCUUCACUUCAUGAGUGUUGGGGUAUGUGGCUUCUGAUGAAGUUCAAUGAGAAGGAAUCAACAAAAACAUUAAAAAUCCAAUUAAAAAAAGACUUGCAAAGUGCAAAAGAAAAACUGUAUUGUUACCAGUCUCCUUCUUCUAUGAUCUACCAUUAUGCAAGGACUGGCAACACAUUCCGUCACAAAGGAUCCCAUGCAGACAGCAUUGAGAUGUACACAAGAGCCCUUGCCAACAAUCCUUGUUGGCCUGCCAUUGCUUUGUACAAUCGGGCAUUGUCCAUACUGUCUCAAGCAAAUAGUGGGCAUAUUGUUCAGGCAUUGGCAGACUUGGAGCUGGCUGAGCAAGCAGUAGACUCCUGCAUUAAAAAGUUGGAAUUGACUUUGACUUUUAUAAAGUCCUCCAGCAAAGAUCCCAACAUGGCUUCUGGCAAUGUGCUUACCAAUCAAUUUAAGAUAAAGAAACUGACGCAGUACGUACUCAAAUCAAAUAUCCAGAAAGCAAUACAAGUUUUACAAAGAGCUGAAAGUGAAGGUUAUAAUGUGCGAAUACAAAAAUACCCCGUGUUAUUGCUGAUGCUGCACCCUGAUCUUCUGACAGAAGGCAGAUUCAAUGAGGUACUCCAAGAAAUAAUGAAUAUCCGUUCACUGGGACUGGACACCUUCUUCUCACUAGAAACGGUCUUUUAUUUUUUUAAACGCUUGAGCAAAAUAUUCAGUUAAAGCCUAAGCCAACUCUUCACCAGUGUUGUGCUUGUUACUAAAAAAUAGUAACUAGUUACAGUUACUCGUUACUUCAUUCAAAAUUCAACUCAAUUACUUUGUUGAUUACUUACACCAAAAAGUAAUGCGUUACUGUUAAAAGUAACU